UGUAAACAAACAUGAUCUAUUUCGCGUACACUCCAAAAUUCAACUACAUAUUAAAAUGUAUUUGUACAUAAAGUAUUUCUGAUGUACUCUAAUAGAUUUUAGUAGAGUCAUACGACGAAGAGUGCGACGACGCGCGAUGCCUUUAUUCUCUAAUAAAUUCUCUCCCAAAAAAACACCGACUAGGAAGGCAUCGGUUUUCUUGGCAAAUAAAAAUUUAAGUCCUAAACGAAUAGAAAAGGAACUUGGUGCAGAAGUGGGACCUAUACGUAUUCAUCUUGGAGAUCAAGAAGCUGUCUUUGAGUCAGGAAUUUGGAUUCCAGAAUCUGGUAAAGUAGGCAGCACUUUUAAGGAAAACGAGAAACUAAAAAAGGAAGUGAAACGAUUAGAAGAGGAGAAUAACUUGUUGAAAUUAAAGUUUGACGUACUAUUAGACAUGUUAACUCAAACAACUGCCGAGGCUCAUUCACAAAAAGAAGAAUUGGAGAAACUAAAGAAUAAUUUUCCUCACAAGAGACUAGUGACCUAACUCAAUAUAAAUAUUAUUAUAUUUAUCCUUAGAAACUCUCUAAAUAGUAUUUAUA